UUCCCCCCCUCUCUCUUUGCCUCGGUUUUGUGCUUGCUGCAAGCCAUAGCGCAACACAGCAACCAUGUUGAAGUUUGAAAAGAAAAUGAAAACCCUUGUAGCGUUAUGCACCAUUUCAUUGCUGUUGGUCCAAGAAGCAAUUUGUUCUGCUAUGAGGCAACAGAUGCUAACACAAUUUCAAGCAAAGCUUCAGGAAAUGGCAGUCACCAAACCCCCCUUCCCAUUUUCAUCCCCGAAAAAGGAUGGGAGAGUAUUUUAUCCAAUUGGGUAUGGAGCAGACCCAACAGGGGCUCAAGAUAGCAGCGAUGCUAUAUUGAAAGCUUUGGGUGAUGCCUUGAAAGUGCAAAAUGGGAGUGAAUUGCUUCCUGGAAUCAAUGACUUGGGUGGAGUUGUCAUAGAUUUUCAAGGUGGAAACUAUAAGAUCAGCAAGCCGAUCAGAUUUCCCGCCGCUGCUGCUGGCAAUCUUGUGAUGAAAGGAGGGACUCUACGAGCAUCAAAUACAUUUCCCGGCAACCGGCACAUUAUUGAAUUAUGGUCACCAAAUUCUGAGCUAAUUAAGGAAAUAGAUUCCUACAAUUUUAAUCAUCUCAUCAACAUCAAUCAACAAGACAAUGUUGGCAUCUACUAUGAAGACAUUACUUUCCGAGACAUCCUCUUUGACUCGAGUUUUCGGGGAGGAGGAAUCCUCAUUAUCGAUUCAACUCGAAUCCGGAUAGAUAAUUGCUUCUUUCUCCACUUCACAACACAAGGAAUUCUAGUUGAGAGAGGCCAUGAGACAUUCAUAUCAAGCAGCUUUCUAGGACAACAUUCCACGGUUGGCAAAGAUAAAGGCGAAAAAGAUUACUCAGGAACUGCUAUUGAUAUUGCAGGUAAUGAUAAUUCAAUCAACAAUAUUGUAAUUUUCUCAGCAGCCAUUGGAAUUUUAUUGAGGGGUCAGGCUAAUUUGGUCACAGGAGUACAUUGUUAUAACAAGGCAACGUCUUUUGGUGGUGUAGGAAUUCUAGUGAAAAUUGGUGCAUCAUUGACUAGAUUAGACAAUUGCUACAUGGAUUUCACAGCUAUAGUUAUAGAGGAUCCAUCUCAAGUUCAUGUUACUAAUGGAUUAUUUUUUGGAGACGCCAAUGUAGUGUUGAAAUCCAUCAAGGGCCAAAUUUCUGGGAUAAAUAUUGUGAAUAACAUGUUUAAUGGAGAUCCUAGAUUUAUGAAUCCAGUGGUGAAAUUAGAUGGGGAUUUUACUAGCAUUGAUCAAGUUGUGAUCAAUAAGAACAAUGUUCAGGGCAUGAGCAUGAAAUCAACCGAAGGGAAGUUAAUGGUGACCGGAAAUGGAACGAAAUGGGUGGCUGAUUUUUCGUUGGUGUUGGUAUUUCCCAACCGGAUUAGACAUUUUCAGUACUCAUUUUAUGUACUGGAUGUGCCCGCUGCUGGACUUGUGACGCACGCAGUGACCAAUGUAUCUAAUAAUUUAGUAGUUGUGGAAAGCAACACUGCUGUUAAUGGGAUUGUCUCUGUAGCUGUUGAUCAGUAGAAUCCUACUGGAGAAGAAUAAAAUCUAAUUCAUCCUUUAACCUAUAAUUAUUGAUUUCAUUUUAGAUUAUGUUUGAUAAAACGUGAUCAAAUUAUAAAUGUAAUUCUAGUUAUAUUAAACGAGUUAUUUCAUUAUUUUUUUUU